CUAAUGUGAAGUGCAGCUCGUAUAUAUCUUCCACCGUGCAGCAGCCGAUUUUGCCUCCCCUCGCCGUUCCUCCAGAGGUUACCCCUCCAUCAUGUACCCGCUCUACCUCACCGCCAUUCUCGCCACGAGUGGCUUCUUGCUCUAUCAGCUCUACAGAUUCCUGCAACCUCAGCCCCAUAAAGGGAAAGUGUUGAGAAUCAGCGAGAUCUACCUCUACCCAAUCAAGUCCCUCCGCCCAACCCAACUCACCUCAGCCCUUGCCACCAAGUAUGGCUUCGAGCACGACCGAACAUUCAUGCUCCUGCAAGCAACCCCAGACGGCUACAAGAACAUGGCCGUGUCCCGGUACCCAGAGAUGACGCAGUUCCUGACGAGCAUCGACUUUGACGGCACGGGCAAUGGGACCAUUACCGUGACAUUCCGAGCUUUCGGAAACGAGGCCAAUGUCAAGACCUUGACGAUCCCACUCGUGCCUAAGACUGCGAAAUUGGAGCCGUUCGAAGUGAAUAUGCAUAGUAGUCCAGCGCUGGCUUUCAAGAUGCCGGCCGAGUACAGCGACUGGUUUUCUUCGUGCUUCGGCUAUGAAGUACUGUUUGUGUACCUGGGCGACAAUCGUCGGGAUGUUCUCUUCCAGGAUCUGAUACCAGGGAAGAACCUUUCCUGGAUAUCCAGCGCAGCGAAGGUUAUUCCUCUGCUGACCUCGCCAGCAACCCACCGCAUCACUUUCGCUGACUGCGCUCCGUACCUGAUCAUCUCGAAGACUUCGCUUGCCGAUGUAACCUUACGGCUUCCCAAAGGCGAGGAAAUGGACGUCACCAAAUUCCGGCCCAACAUCGUGAUCGAGGGCGCCGAGGAGCCGUGGGAGGAGGAUUUCUGGCGCAAGAUCAAAAUUGGAGACGCUGAGAUCAUCAUGGCGCACAACUGUGUCCGCUGCAAGAGCAUCAAUAUCGACUAUGAAACAGGGAAGCCCGGUACUGGCGAAUCUGGCGAGGUGCUCAAAAAGCUGCAAAAGGAUCGGAGGGUCGAUGCAGGGGCCAAGUGGAGUCCAGUCUUUGGGAGGUACAGCUUCUGGAACCCAAAGAGCACUCCUCAAACUUUCAAUGUCGGAGAUAAGGUGAGAGUGAUGGAGCUGAGCAAGCAGAGGACUAUUUGGACUUGGCCAGGCUUAUCUUGAGGCUGACUUGAUGAAGGUUGCGAUGGUUGCAAUUUUACAUGCCCACGGGGGUUGGUUUUAAUGAUGAGGAUGCCUGUGUCGGCAAUGACGGCGGAGCCGGC